AUGUUACCGAUUCUAGAGGACCCAAGAAGCUCAACGCCCAAGAAAAAAUUUGACGUUCUAGCAUCGUCAGCUCUUUGGACCAAUCGCUCCGGUUCCCCUAGAAAGGGUAGUGACUGGCAUGCUGACUCCAAGUCACCGUGGCUGUUCGACGGUGGUGCCCUUCGCGAUGGUGACGAAGUUGACAUUUGGAAACGCAACUACAUCGGACUCGUCGUGCAAUAUGCCGCAGUGGGGAUGGUUUUCGGCACUCUUCCUGGGACAAUUUACCCCUUCCUCUUCAACUACCUUAACAUGGAAGGCACGCAGGUUGUCUCGGCUACCGUGUUAAUCAACAUGCCGUGGUCGUUCAAGCUUUUCUUCGGUAUGAUCACGGAUUGCGUCCCUAUUCGAGGUUACAGACGUCGUCCGUUCAUGAUAAUCGGGUGGACGUUGUGUUUCUCAAUGCUGUUGCUAAUGGCCUGCAUGGAUGCUGGCGACCCGUACUACCCGGACAGCAAGUACGCAACAAUGGAAAAAGACGAGUUAGCACCCGAGAUCAUCGCAACAUUCAACGAGUCAGCGCACCACGUUGGUGGUAAAUUUGUCGUCCUUAUGAUGGUCGCAGCUAUUGGCUACGUUGGAGCUGAUGUCGCCGCAGACGCCUUGAUGGUGGAAGUUGCCCAACGUGAACCAGAGGUCACGCGAGGGUAUACACAGACAACGAUCUACAUGGUUCGAACUGCGUUUAUCAUGAUCUCCAGCAUCCUCACAGGCUUAACCUUUAACGGCAAAGACUACGGUGGAGAUUUCGACUUCUCGCUGACAUUUCCACAGCUCAUGGUCGUCCUUUGCAUCUAUUGUUUCCCUGUGAUCCCGAUUUCGUGGUACUUUAUCAGGGAGGACCCUCACCCGGGUGUAGUUUUCCGAGACUAUUUGGAUGAGCUCUGGCGUCUCAUCCAAAUGCGUCCGAUGUACCAGGUCAUUGCGUACAAGUUUCUGGCAGGGAUCUUCGAGAACUUUUCAGUCACUUGCACAGACCCGAUGCAGCGAUACUGGGCACAUGUCACGCCUCUCAACCAGAAGAUCAUGACUAUCAUAGGGAAUGGUAUUUUUGCUGUGACUUUGUACUGCACCGCCAAGUUUGGGCUGCAGUGGAACUGGAGAAAAAUGCACGCCAUCACGAUCGUGUCUGUGACUGCCAUGGACUUGAUGGUGAACAUGUUAACGACUUGGGACGUGGUUCGUAACCAGUGGUUCUGGCUGGGUGUUCCUGUGGCAGAGGCUCUCCCCAACGGUAUUGCGUUCGUGAUUGCGACUUUCGUUAUGGUAGAACUGGCGGGAGAAGGCAACGAAGGAGCUGUCUAUGGUCUUGUUGGAUCGAUCUCCAACAUCGCUAUUCCGCUGGCUGGUACAUUGACUAAAACCGUGAACAGCAGCUUUGACGUGACAAACGAAGACAUUGUCGAAGACUCGAGGCACGUUCGUUGGGAGGUGACGUACGUUCUCAUCAUCCGCUACUCGAUGAACCUUACAGGGUUGCUCUUCCUACCGCUUUUGCCGCGCCAGAAAGCGGAGACGCAGCAAUUGAAACGAUUCGGUGGAUCGAGUCGAUUCAUGGGAAUGUUGACGGUUGCCUACUUCGCGUUUUCACUGUGCUGGACUGUCAUUAUUAACAUCAUGAGUAUUUACCCAUCGACAUCGUGCUUACGGGUCGUCGGUGGUACUGGCUGCGAUUCUAUGAACCGCAUUUAAGAUCAUGGAUAGCUGUCAGUCGCGUCUUGUUCUCUUAACAAUAUGUGCAAGUUAAAUACCACUUCGUUAAAGUACUCCUGUACAAGCCGGCUAACACUUUAACCAGGUUGGUCUCCCAAGUGCUGCAGCUUAAAGAUUAAACCCCAACUCAGGUUCGAAACCUUGUUACCGUCUCUGAGGUAUCAGUCAGGACACUUUACAUACUAGUACUUUGGAAAUUCAUAGCCAAC